AUGAGGACAGCAAAAGUCAGGUUAGACAAUGAAUCCUUCACACAGAAAGUCAGGAGAGACAGUGAACCUUGCACACAGAGAGUCAGGUUAGACAGUGAACCUUACACACAGGAAGUCAGGUUAGACAGUGAACCUUACACACAGAAAGUCAGGUUAGAUAGUGAACCUUACACACAGGAAGUCAGGUUAGACAAUGAAUCCUUCACACAGAAAGUCAGGAGAGACAGUGAACCUUGCACACAGAGAGUCAGGUUAGACAGUGAACCUUAUACACAGAAAGUCAGGUUAGACAGUGAACCUUACACACAGAAAGUCAGGUUAGACAAUGAAUCCUUCACACAGAAAGUCAGGAGAGACAGUGAACCUUGCACACAGAGAGUCAGGUUAGACAGUGAACCUUAUACACAGAAAGUCAGGUUAGACAGUGAACCUUACACACAGAGAGUCAGGUUAGAUAGUGAACCUUAUACACAGAAAGUCAGCUUAGACAGUGAACGUUUCACACAGAGAGUCAGGUUAGAUAGUGAACCUUAUACACAGAAAGUCAGGUUAGACAGUGAACCUUACACACAGAAAGUCAGGUUAGACAGUGAACGUUUCACACAGAGAGUCAGGUUAGAUAGUGAACCUUACAUAAUGGAAGUCAGGUUAGACAGUGAACCUUACACACAGAAAGUCAGGUUAGACAGUGAACCUUACACACAGAAAGUCAAGUGA